CAUUGCCUUUGCUCUCCGCACAGCGAGCGGACCUUUCUGGUCGCAGGCAGCUAAAGCUUUAAUAUAUCCGCAAGCAACACAACAGCAGAGAUGGGAUUACUUGUCACUGUCCUCCUGCACUGCACGGAGGUCUGAGGCAAACUCUAACAGAAAAUAGCAUCCUCUGGAAAAUAAGACAACUCAAGCCUUCAGGGCCAUGCCGUGCGUCCAGACCCAGUGCGGCUCCUCUCCACAAGGAGCCAGCCCGGCCUCUCAGAGCGCCGGCGGAGAGCGCAGCGGCGACUUCCUCACCCCGGAGUUUGUCAAGUUCAGCAUGGACCUUACUAACAGUGAACUCUCAGCUGCCACGUCGGGUCCCAGUUUUGGCCCUUUGGGUGACACUUAUGGCGCCGGGUACGACGUGAAGCCCCCGUGUCUCUUCCAAAUGCCGGUGCAGGGAGAGCUCCCGUGCGUCAAGGUGGAGGAUGCGCACGGGUGUCCGCGGUAUCAGCCGAAUCAGCACCACCCGCACCAGUCCGACGAGCUGCUCUCCUCCCCGGCCUCCGUAUAUUAUUACCGCUCCCCGUCGCCGCACACCCCCAUCACAUCCAACUUCCAAACUCCACCGGGACACAUAUGGGAGGACUCCGGCUCUCUGUACAGUUUUCGACAAGACUAUUUGGCGGCGGCGCACAGAAAAAACACGCUAUCCAGAUUGUCGUUGUUUUCACUAAAACACGCGCAACACGGCGGCCAGAGCUUGUCCACCUGCCGAAUGAAAUUUGACGGAUCGCUCCAUGUGUCGAUGAAUGUGGACGCAGCCGGAGCGCAUCAGCAGCUGGACAGCCCCGGGUUUUUGGGUUCCACUUCCCAAGGAAAGCAGCCCGGAGUGGGGUUUCCUCACCCGCUUCAGUUCGCCCACGGACACCACUUUAUGGACUAUCAGGCUUCUUGUGCUCCCAGCCGAGGACCGCUGAGCACGGAGGGGCUGUGCGCGGUGUGCGGGGAUAACGCAGCCUGCCAGCACUACGGAGUGCGCACCUGCGAGGGCUGCAAGGGUUUCUUCAAGCGCACAGUACAAAAAAAUGCCAAGUACGUGUGUUUGGCUGCCAAAAGCUGCCCAGUGGACAAACGCAGGAGGAACCGAUGCCAAUACUGUCGCUUCCAGAAGUGCCUUGUAGUGGGAAUGGUCAAAGAAGUGGUGAGAACAGACGGUCUGAAAGGUCGAAGGGGUCGUCUGCCGUCCAAACCUAAAACUCUUCCGGACUCGUCUUCCCCCGUUAGCACCCUCCUGAGUGCGCUCAUCAGGGCGCAUUUGGAAUCGAACCCUCCUCCUUCUCAUCUCGACUACUUCAAACUCAAGGAGAGUCCAGGAAGUCCACCGGGGGACGACGUUCAACAUGUGCGGCAGUUUUAUGACCUCCUGACCAGAUCGAUGGAGGUGAUUCGAGGUUGGGCGCAGAAGGUCCCAGGCUUCACAUCUCUCCCCAAACACGACCAAGACCUCCUCUUCUACUCGGCUUUCCUGGAGCUCUUUGUUUUGCGAUUGUCGUACAGAUCCAACCCAGAGGAAGGGAAGCUGGUCUUCUGCGACGGGUCGGUGUGGCACCGGCUCCAGUGCCUGCGGGGCUUCGGGGAGUGGAUCGACAGCAUCGUUGAAUUCUCCGCUAAUCUGCAGAGGAUGAACCUGGACGUGUCCACCUUCUCCUGCAUAUGCACACUCGCCCUGGUCACCGAGCGACACGGACUGAAGGAGCAGAAGAAAGUGGAGGAGCUGCAGAACAACAUCGUCAAGUGCUUGAAGGACGCCGACAGACUCUCGGACUGUUGGUCCAACCAUUUGUCCAAACUUUUAGAAAAACUGCGUGAACUUCGCACUCUGUGCAUCCAAGGCCUGCAGAGGAUUUUCUAUUUGAAGCUGGAGGAUUUGGUGCCGCCGCCUGCAGUAAUAGAUAAGUUAUUCCUCGACACGCUGCCAUUUUAGAGACAUAAGACAACAGGCUUUCUCCGGACUUCUCUGGAUUCGGUCAUUCCUGACAGUUUGACGUUUGUGCUCUGCAUAAAGUGACAUUUUGAAAUCUAAUAUCAAGUUGUUAAAUCACAUUUUUCUCGAAACAAGUAAAGAUGAGAAGAAAAACAAAUUUGUUUUCGAUAAUUGUGACCACCUUCUGGUAAGGAUCUUCAUAACAUCAAGCAAACUGCUUUGCAAAAUUCAGAUCAUGCGAGGAUCUGAAGGCCCAAUUUGGCCUCGCAACAAAGGAUAAAUACAUUUAAAGUCUGCC